CAUGUCAUGCCAUUUCCGACUCGCCGAGCCUAUCCCUUCCUCGCCGCCGGGGUCCCUGUCCCCUCCUCCCUCGCCGCCGCCGCCGCUUCGUCUCCUUGGAGAGUCUUGGCCCCUUUCCUUCGCGCCCGCCCGCCCGCCGGAGGCGCGCCCCGCGGCCAAUCGCUCCCUGCGUCCGCGUGCGCACGGGUUUCGCAGGCUUCUCGGAUCGGUUUAUCAAUAAAGUGAUUACAUCGAACCAUUUGGUUGAAGCCAAAGUUUACUCCGCAGAUAUCUGUACUGUUUGAUCUAAAGGCAAAUAAAGUCAUUCUCCAAUUUGAAGGGGAAUCAAGGAAUGCCCUGGUUUGUUCUACAGGAUCAAGUUUUCUCAGUUGGUUGCUGGACAUUGGAGUGCUUGGGGUGUUGGUAUACCUAUAAAGGAAUUUCUUGUAAAUUUUCCUCUGUAUUUAACAAGAUUAUCACCAUUAUUGAUCUUGUGUUGGGCAAUCAUGUCAGGGAGCGAGUUAGCAGUAAUAAAACCAGAGGCAUUGAAAACUUAUAUCUGGCUUCAAUGCUCUGAUGGUUCUAUACAACAAGUGGAGGAGGAGGUUGCGAUGUUCUGCCCUAUGAUAUGUCGAGAAAUAGUGAAAAAUGGCACAGGUUCAUCAAAAAAUCAUGCUAUUGUUCUCCCGGAAAGAGUUAAUCCGGCAAGUUUGAGUUUGAUUCUCGACUAUUGUCGGUUUCAUCAGGUCCUUGGGCGCUCAAACAAGGAGCGGAAGUCAUUCGAUGAAAAGUUUGUCAGGAUAGACUAUGAAAGACUCUGCAAGUUGGCUUCUGCAGCUCUCAGUCUACAGUUAAGGCCACUGGUCGAUCUUACUUGUGGAGCGCUUGCUCGAAUCAUUGGAGGAAAGACACCUGAAGAAGUUCGUGAUAUUUUUCAUUUACCAGAUGACUUAACAGAGGAAGAGAAAUUGGAGCCCCUAGAAAAUAUAAAUGAUGAUCCUACGAUUCGCUUAUUGAACCGGUUGUAUGCAAAGAAGCGGAAAGAACUCCAGGAGCGCCAGAGACGAAAGGAUGUUCAAGUACAAGAAGAACAAAAAGAUGAGAGAUCUUUGGAUGAGAUACUUUGUUUUAUAAAUGGGGAUGGAGAUUCUGGAGGUGGAAAAGCUGCGAAGAAUAAGAAAAAGAAUAAAAGAAGGAAAGAUCAUGCUAAGAAUCCUGCAAAAGCUAAUCCCGGACCUGUAAAUGAGGAGGGAGCUGCCUCUGUGGUUCCAUGCAAAGCGGAUAGUGGUAAUAUUUCUAGACUUCCUUGCCAAAGUCCAAAUGUGCAAGAUGAUAUUGAGUUCCCUUUCGAAGAUGAUGACUUCGAUGAUGGACUUGAUCCUGCAAUGAAGGAAGAGCUUGAUAGAGAAGUGGAGGACUUCGCGAGGAGGUUAAAUUCAGUUUGGCCUGAAAGAAUGCAUUUGGACCAGCAAAGAAGAAUCGGGUCACAUUUGUGGUAAUGGUUCUCUACAUAGAUUCUCUGGCAAGGUUUUUGGAAAAUUCGGCAUAGAAUGUGCUUGGUGAGGUUUUUGCUAUUAGGGUAGUCGAAAGCCAUAGGCAGGGAGGAAUUUUAUUCGAGAGAAUACAGGACAACAUGGCAAUCAGAAAUAGUUGUCCAGAGAUUUGCAUGUACCCUGCUCUUCAAAGACACUUGGUGUCCAACGAUAUAUUACAAAAAAUAUAAGUGACUUGUAAGUGUAGAACCAAAAUCUCCGAACCUAUGUAUGUUCAUUAAUUUAGAUGGGAAAUAUGUAUUGAUGAAUAAUGAAAAGUUAUAAUGUUGUAGAUUGCUCCAA